UCUUCAUGAGAGCAUUCGAGGCGGGAGUAUUGCUCUGACGUUCCUCCUCUCACUUCCUGAAGUGAACACUGCCCAAAUAUGUGGAGUUACAAACACGGGAUGAUCUUUAAUGUUCUGGACCUUUGACACACCAGACCAGGAAAUAUUAUCCUACGGAGAAAGAUUAUUUGCACCUGCUGGUGUAAAGCAUGUUCCUGUGGCACUAUCUGACACUGCUCUUGCCGAUAACUGUUCAAAUAUGCAAAGCUCAGAGAUGUGAAGAGUUUACAGAUCUGGAUUUGGCACAUGCAAUCAUUGGAACCAGCCUCAAAAUCAGGCUGUUGCUGCACACCAGGGAGAAUGUCACCUGUGCUUCACUCUUGUCCCACACCAACAUGUCUGCCAAUCCCCAGUUCAACGUGUCCAAACCAACCACCUUUGUCAUUCACGGCUAUCGGCCUACAGGCUCUCCUCCAGUGUGGGUGCUGAGGUUCCCCAGCCUGCUGCUGGCCAAGGGAGACGUGAAUGUCAUAGUGGUGGACUGGAACCACGGGGCCGCUAAUGUGAAUUACUUUAAGGCGGUUGAGAACACGCACAAGGCAGCCGACAAUCUCACAGCUUUCAUUAAAAUGAUGCAGGAACAUGGUGCCUCUCUGAGCUCCAUCUACAUGAUCGGUGUCAGUCUUGGGGCUCAUGUAUCAGGAUUUGUAGGUGCAAACCUGAACAGUUCAAUUGGAAGAAUUACAGCUUUGGAUCCAGCUGGGCCUCAGUUCAGAGACACUCCUCCAGAGGACCGACUGGACCCCACAGACGCCCAGUUUGUAGACGUCCUGCACACAGACGUAGAUGCUCUGGGCUUCAGACAAGCUCUUGGUCACAUUGAUUUCUACGCUAACGGUGGAGCGGACCAACCCGGCUGCCCAAAGACCAUCUUGUCUGGAACCUCCUAUUUUAAAUGCGACCACCAGAGAUCAGUGUUGCUUUACCUCGACUCUAUGGAAGGGUGUACCAGCAGAGCCUUACCCUGCUCUUCCUACAAAGAAUUUCUGGAUGGUAACUGCUUGAACUGCGACCGCUUUGGGGCUGCUGGAUGUCCUGUCUUUGGUUAUGGUGUCACUAAGUGGAAAGAUGUCCUGCUGAGUUUGGGACAAACAUCAACUUACUUCACCACAAAUUCAGUCGCUCCGUUCUGCAUGACAAACUACGGGGUGGAGGUGAUGAUAUGGAACGAGGAAGUCCGCUGGGGAUACAUGACACUUAAACUUUACAGUAAAGGUAAAGUGGCAGUGGCAACCAUUAACCAUAAAGCAUCAGAGUUCAAGAAGUUCACAGUAACCAAGUUGUUGGCCCGGUUUGACAAAGACCUUCAAUCUGUAGAAAAAAUGUCUCUUAAAUUCUCCACUGGGAAUCCUUUAAAACCUCAAUAUAAGCUCCGUGUUCUCCGAAUCCGUCUCACACAUCUGGAACGUGAUGAAAGGCCUCUGUGUCGAUAUGAUGUCCUUCUCAAAGAGAAGGAAGAGGUCACCUUCAGGCCAAUUCCCUGUGAAGAAUCCAACUUCUGAAACAAAAUCCGACACAAAGUCAAAAAUUUCAAACAUAUGCUCGUACUGGAAGAUGUGCUGCCGACUUUUCAGUCCCUCCAGCAUUGGGCAGGAAAUCAAGGACUGCAAAGACAGAAGUCAGAAGGACCAACCUGGCUGUGAUCGUUUGUAAUCUGUAAAUGAAAUGUGAUAUACUGAUAUAUGAUGUAUAUGUAUUUUUUUAAGAAACAUUUAGCUUGAAACGGGAAAUAAUUUGCAUUUCACAUGUAGGGUGAAUUAUACUUUUCAUUCAUGCAUUUAAAAUUGUAUUAACCUCAUAAUGCACUAUGAUGACAAAUUAUCUAAUUGACUUUGUAACUGCUAUAACCAAAUGGAGACGAGAUUCAAAAGAAUAGUAGACACUUUUUUUCUUCUUUUCUGCUCUCAGUUUCGGUUUCUGGAAAUCAAGCAGUUAAAUAAGACAGAGAGAGACGGAUAAACUGAUAAUUAUCAGUCAGAUUUAUUUAGUAGAAUCAGACAUUUCUCAUUAAGACUGAAAAAGUAACAAGUGUUAACAAUUAUUGUCAUAAAGAAAAUUGAUCCCUGACUUUCUUUCCAUACAAAGUGCUGAACUGAAGAUAUUUCCUCAAUCAAACAGAUUUUUUAAUUUUUUUUUUACAUGUUACUAGUAAAUAUAUAUUUAUUUGUGUAUAUGUAUGCAUCCUUAAUUAUUAAUAAAAAGUCAAGUCAACAAUGGGAAACA